UACUCAGCACAACCGACGCCUCCUCCGCCGCCACUCCGGCGCUCGUACGGCGGCGGCUGGGAGUGCGCGGGGUUACCGCUGCCCAGCGAGGGGGAGCCGGGAGCCCCGCGCAGGCUAGAAGAUGAAUAAUCUUUCCUUCAGUGAACUGUGCUGCCUAUUCUGUUGUCCACCAUGCCCAGGGAAAAUUGCCUCCAAACUGGCAUUCUUACCUCCUGAUCCCACGUACACUCUGAUGUGUGAUGAAAGUGGUAGUCGCUGGACUUUACAUCUCUCAGGGAGAGCAGACUGGCAGUAUUCAUCAAGAGAAAAAGAUGCCAUUGAGUGCUUCAUGACUAGAACAAGUAAAGGUAACAGGAUUGCCUGUAUGUUUGUGCGUUGCUCACCUAACGCCAAAUAUACUUUGCUCUUCUCGCACGGAAAUGCUGUUGACCUAGGUCAGAUGAGCAGCUUUUACAUAGGACUGGGUUCACGGAUUAAUUGCAACAUAUUCUCAUACGAUUAUUCUGGAUAUGGUGCAAGUUCUGGGAAGCCAACAGAAAAGAAUCUGUAUGCUGACAUUGAUGCUGCCUGGGUGGCUCUUAGGACAAGGUACGGAAUCCGCCCUGAAAAUGUGAUUAUAUAUGGCCAAAGUAUAGGAACAGUACCAUCUGUGGAUCUUGCUGCUAGGUAUGAAAGUGCUGCUGUAAUUCUACAUUCUCCACUGACCUCAGGAAUGCGAGUAGCUUUUCCUGAUACAAAGAAGACCUACUGCUUUGAUGCAUUCCCAAACAUUGACAAAAUUUCUAAAAUAACAUCUCCUGUGUUAAUUAUCCAUGGGACUGAAGAUGAAGUAAUUGACUUUUCACAUGGCCUAGCCUUAUAUGAACGCUGCCAGAGACCAGUAGAGCCACUGUGGGUAGAAGGAGCAGGCCAUAAUGAUGUGGAGCUCUAUGGACAAUAUCUUGAAAGAUUAAAACGGUUUGUGUCACAGGAACUGGUGAACUUGUAAUUUUCUAUGUAUAUUUAAUGCUUCUUCAUUUCAUUGCAGAACUGCAUACCUUGAUAAGUACAUAACAUAAAACCCGAAGGUUGUGUUUUCAAAUCAUGUUGGUUGCCUUCAUUAAAUGUACAGGUAAUGAUUUGUCAACAUAAUUAGUGAAGGUUUUAAUGCCAGUAUUAUUAACUGGAAUUACAUCAUCAGACAAGGUUGGCAGUUUGUAUUAAUUUGUGAAGUUUUUCUUUAUAGAUCUUAAAAAAAACAAAACAAAACAAAAAAAAAAACAACAAAAAAAACACAAGUACUGUAUGAAAAUCUAAUUAUAUAAAAUCAGAUGCUGUAAAAGUGUUGCCAAAUGCUCUAGCAUAUUAAAAACACGUUUAUAAAUAUUUUUAAACAUCUCAAAAUGUACUGUGACUUACUCUGUUUCUUAGAUGUAAAUUUAAAACCAGACUUCUAAGCUUCUGAGUUGUCAUGUAAAAAAUGCAAUAGCCAUGCAAUUUGAGCAGUUAUGUAUGUAAUAAGAAUGAAGCAUCACUGGAAAUGACCUGUGCCCUGUUAUAAAGGGAGGGGAUCAAAUUAGGUCUUUCCAUAUCUUUUUAUAUCUUUUGUGCUUAGUUUUACUUCAGUUGUUCUGUUUUGUCCUUGUGCUGUUUUAUAACUUGAAAGGGACGAAUUUAUUCAUGCAUCUUCUUAGCUGCCCUAAUCUUGCCAAAAUAUUGUCAAAAUUGUCAUUGUUACAACUUAAAUAUCAUUACAUGAUUGCUACUGAGGCCACUAAGUACUACUUUUAAACAAAUAGUGCAUUUAGAACUUAGAAAGCUUUGCGGACAAUGUAGUUUUAAACAGUGAUUGUAUAGAGAUGCAGUGUUUCAGUAGGAAGAACCUGGAAGUUUAUUUAACUUUGUAAUAAAAUUUGACAUUUUGCAGUUUGUCUGUUCAUGCUUACUUUUUGGAUGUUUAGUGUAAAAGUUCCUUUUUUUUAAUAUUGUAUGGAAUUUUUACUUAUUGCUCUCUCCUAGACAAGAGUGAGAGGAGCGGCAAGAAAAGAAUGUUGACAUUUUCCUAUUAACUAAUACUAAAAUAAACUUUGUAAGUUGCCUUUCCUUGAAUGCAUUUUGCUUGAAUAAAAAUAUGAAAAAAAAAAACUAUAUGUAGCCUAUUUAUAAACUGGGUAAUCCAAAAAUACACACUGUGCUUCUAAUUUUAAGGCCUUAUGUAGUUUAAUUGUUCUGCUUGUUCUGUGACUCAGACUAUUGUAUAAUUAAAUGUAGCAUCAAAUAUUGUGAAAACUUUCAGAUGUGUUGAUUUAACAGUAAACAAUAUUCCAUGGA